AUGUCAAAACCAGAUUAUGAGGACCUUCUGGCAGCUCACUGUCAUCAGGGCCACUCUCACCUUGGGGAGGAACGUUGCUUCAAAGGGAGGCAAUAUGUGCUGCAGUGUGAGGACAGCUUCAGAGAAGGCCUAAUCACAGAUGUGGGACCUUGCUUGGGACGGAGCGAGGCGAACAGCUUCACCUGGCUGCGCGGCAGGACUGGAGCCGCCGCUUUGCUGCCCUUGCAGCGGAUAAAGCACUUUCUGAAGGAAGACUCCGAAGAAGCUGAGCUGGUCCAGUUCCUUAACGAUUCCCAAACUGAAAAGACCUCCCGUCGGGUGAAGCCGGAAGCCAUCCAUCAGGAGAAAAAAUCCUGUCCAGGUGUGACUGAAAUGUUCCCUAGUGCAGCAGUCCAGGCCAUUCCCAAAGAUGCCUUGGAGGAAAAGGAGCAGAAGGCUUUCUACCGCCCUCAUCCUCUAGACUUGAAACAGCAACAUAUGGCUGCUCCAGCACCGCCAAGUCCAUCCCGUCCCAGAAGCCCCUGGGGCAGGCUUGAUCCAUAUGAAUCAGAUGAGGAUAAUAAAGAGUAUGUGGGAUUUGCAACACUCCCUAAUCAGGUCCAUCGAAAAUCUGUGAAAAAAGGAUUUGAUUUCACACUAAUGGUUGCAGGAGAGUCUGGGCUGGGGAAGUCCACUCUGGUGAACAGCCUUUUUCUUACAGAUCUAUACAAAGAUCGCAAACUCUUAAAUGCAGAAGAACGGAUUGUCCAGACUGUGGAGAUUACCAAGCAUGUGGUGGACAUAGAGGAGAAAGGGGUCAAACUUCGCUUGACCAUCGUGGACACACCAGGCUUUGGAGACGCUGUAAACAACACAGAAUGUUGGAAGCCUGUGUCUGACUAUAUAGAUCAGCAGUUUGAGCAGUAUUUCCGGGAUGAAAGUGGCCUUAACCGGAAAAAUAUUCAAGACAACCGUGUCCAUUGCUGCCUCUACUUCAUCUCUCCUUUUGGUCACGGUUUGCGACCUCUGGAUGUUGAAUUCAUGAAAGCGCUCCAUCAGCGUGUGAACAUAGUUCCUGUCUUAGCCAAGGCUGACACUCUCAUGCCCUCCGAGGUGGAACGAAUGAAGUGCAAGAUUCGUGAUGAAAUUGAUCGUUUUGGGAUCCGGAUCUACCAGUUUCCUGAUUGUGAUUCAGAUGAAGAUGAGGAAUUCAAGCAGCAGGAUGAAGCACUCAAAGACAGCAUCCCCUUUGCUGUGAUUGGCAGUAACACCAUUGUGGAGAUGAAAGGCAAGCGGAUCCGGGGGAGGCUGUACCCUUGGGGAAUCGUUGAAGUGGAGAACCCUAUGCAUUGUGAUUUUGUGAAGCUGCGCACCAUGCUGGUAAGGACUCAUAUGCAGGACCUGAAGGACGUGACUCGGGAGACUCACUAUGAAAACUACCGGGCUCAGUGCAUUCAGAGCAUGACUCGCAUGGUGGUGAAAGAGCGGAAUCGCAACAAGCUAACCCGAGAAAGUGGGACUGAUUUCCCCAUCCCAUCCACGCCCACGAUGCCAGACUUGGAGACAGAGAAACUGAUCCGGGAGAAGGAUGAGGAGUUACGAAGGCUGCAGGAAAGGUUGCAGAAAAUCCAACAGCAGAUGGAAGAUUCAUCGUAAUCAGAAAUCCACCCCCCAGUAUAUUUUUUUCUCCCUGCUGGCUGGCAUCUUUCCAAAGCAGAAAAUGUUUACAUCCUUCUGAAUUUCACCCCAUCUCUAGUACUUGGUCCUUGACAAACAUAAAUUGCUGCAAAAUCGCCUUAAAACCAAAGUUCUACAAUUACCUACCCCACUAAGAAACAAGAAACCCAAAAAGGCUUCAAGAUGCUACCACAACCUUCUAACACAAGGAAACUUUUCCUUUCUCCAUCCAGUCUGGCUGCUGAUUAUCAUUGUGGUGAUUUUUCUGUGGAGUGCAGAGACAAACUAUUCUGCAAUCACAGCACUGAAAGGAAACUUAACUCUCAUCUGACAGCAGACUAUGAUAAUUUGUACCAGCAACUGUGGUUGACAAGAUUCUGCUCGGGUUCCUUUCUAACCCAGUUGUCAAAAAGAUGCAAGUGU